AUGGCACCCAAAUCGCUCCAUCUCGCUCUCAUUUCUACCUUCGCGGCCCUGGUCGUGGGUCAGAAUGCAACUGUGUGUUCUUCCCAGGCCACCAAAACUAUAAGCAGCCAGGGAGAUGCCGAUAGCAUCGCUGCCUGUCCAACCUUUACCGGAAGCAUUUCACUUGCAGACGGACCUCUGUAUUCAGCAGUCGAGCUGAAAGGCGUGAAGGAGAUAACAGGCACCUUGACCACGCACGACUGGAACAAAGUGACAGCCAGCUCCCUGGAGCGCAUUGGCGGCUCUUUCGAGAACCAUGACUCCUAUACGAAAACGAUGGAUUUCCCGAAGCUGGCUUACGUGGGCGGCGGCAUCUCCUUCACCGAAUCCAACCAGAUGCGGCCGGGCCUGCAGCAAAUCCUGAUGCCGAGUCUGACCACCGUUGACGGAGAUUUCAUCGUUUACGGCAACCGCUAUUUGGGAGAGCUGCAGGCACCAAACCUCCAACGCGUUAACGGUCUCUUCAAAGUAUCGGAAAACCUUUACUUGAAUGGACUGACGCUGGAUAAGCUGGAGACCGCUGCGCCUGGCGGCAUUGUCAUCUCGGGAAGCCUUUGGGGUGGUGUCUCCCUCGCAUCCAUUCAAGACGUCCAUCCGAGAUUCAGCAUCGCCACCAUCAGUCCGGGGAACUGCACCGAGUGGGAGGCCCUGCGUGAACCUGGUGGCCCCCUCACCACUACCGAAGAGUACAACUGCCAGCCAAACUGCAAGUAUUUCAACUACGAUGGCACCUGCUCGGAGUUCAAGUAA